CCCGGAACUACUUUCUGACGUAUUAGGGAGCCAAGGGUCAUCGAACAUUCGCCUGCCACAUACGCCUCUGUCGCACUUGUUUGUUUUUGUCCGAAAAAGAAACAACGUUGGAAAACAGGCAGAUCUGGCCGAAGGCAUGGCACGUCUUGUGGCUGUCUGUAGGGAUGGGGAGGAGGACUAUCUUUUUCUUGCACGGCAGAUUCCCUUGUAUAUCGAUGAUACACUCACGAUGGUGAUGGAGUUUCCUGACAGUGUUCUGGACUUUGACAGCUACCAGAUCAGCAGUUCACAGAUGAAGCAGUUUAUUGAGCAUCACAGCAUGCUAAAGCAGCAGGACCUGAACAUGGCGUUGAUGGUGAUGUCACGCGAAGUGUUCAACGCUCUGUCUCAGUCGGUGCCGUGUGUGGGCUGUCGGCGCAGCGUGGAGCGGCUCUUCUCUCAGCUCACAGACUCUGGCUAUUUUGCGCUGGAACCGCUCACUGUGGGAUCAUCUGGAGUGCUUUCAGUCACACGCGCAUGCAUCACAGACCCCAGGAAGCUCUACACACUCUUUUAUGUUCAUGGGUCAAAGUUGAACAACGUAAUUGAUUCCAUUCCCAAGAGUAAAAAGAACAAGCGCUGUCAGCUGCACUCGUUAGACACACACAAACCGAAGCCUUUAGGGGGCAGCUGGAUGGAUGUGUGGGAACUGAUGUCACAGGACUGUCGUGAUGAAGUGGUUUUGAUUGACAGCUCAUCUCUGUUGGAGACUCUGGAGACGUACCUGCGUAAACACCGGUUUUGUACUGACUGUAAGAACAAGGUUUUGAGAGCGUAUAACAUCCUUGUGGGGGAUCUGGACAGCAGUAAGGAGAAGGGCUACUGUGCGGCUUUGUAUGAAGGUUUACGCUGCUGCCCUCACGAGCGCCACAUCCACGUCUGCUGCGAGACGGACUUCAUCGCUCACUUACUGGGCCGAGCAGAGCCAGAGUUUGCAGGGGGUUACGAGCGUCGGGAGAAACAUGCAAAAACCAUCGAUAUCGCGCAGGAGGAAGUGUUGACUUGUUUGGGAAUUCACCUGUACGAGCGGCUGCACAGGAUCUGGCAGAAACUGAGAGCAGAGGAGCAGACAUGGCAGAUGCUCUUCUAUCUGGGCAUUGAUGCACUGCGCAAAAGCUUUGAGAUGGCGGUGGAGAAAGUUCAGGGCAUCAGUCGACUGGAGCAGCUCUGUGAGGAACUCUCAGAAGAGGAGCGAGCCAAGGAGCUCAAACAGGAGAAAAAGAGGCAGAAACGCAAGAACAGACGUAAAAACAAGUGUGGCUUUGAACAAGAGGUGGAAGAGGAGAAAGAUAAAAGUCUUGAUGAGGGUUCAUCAGAGUCUGUGGACAGCGGCUGUAAGUCAUGUGGCAGUGGAGAAGAGUCUGCUGGCAGUGUGGAGGUCAUCAUCACCAGCCAGAGCUCCGCCUGCACCUGCCCCACCGCCUCCAUUCUGCAUUCUCCCAAAACUAAGAAAGCUCUGCUGCCUCAUAGUAAUGGCAGUGAUUGUGGCUACUGUUCCAGUAUGGAGGGCAGCGAGACAGGCUCCAGAGAGGGCUCAGAUGUGGCCUGCACUGAGGGCAUGUGUAGCCAUGACGAGACAGGUGAAUUCUCCUGCAUUCACCGCUGCUCAGAGGAGAAGGAGGAGGACGCUGUGGACAGCUGUGUGGAGUGCUGGGCCAACUCUGAAGACAGCACAAAGGGCAAAAACAAAAAGAAGAAAAGAAAAAACAAGGGCACACUUUGCAGAAACGAGAUCGGCUCUAAAGCAGAGGAAGGCUGUGUAUCAGAUGGCAGCAGGAGAGGAUCAGGAUCUGCCGUGAGUGAGUCUUCUUCUUCUCCUUCAACACAUUCAUGCAGAAGCAAACAAAGCCCAUGCUCUAAAGUGUCCUGUGAGUCUUUAUCCAGCUUCAGCCAUCAGCAUUUCCACAGUGAAGAGGCCUGUGCUCCGGCAGACAGCUGCGGCAAGAGCCUCAUGGAGCUACUGAAUGAAUCUGAAGUGACCUCAGAUGACGAGACCUGCCUGACGCAGGACGAGAUCCAGUCAUUCGUAGAGAGCAACAAAUCUUUCUACCGCACACGAGACCAGUACAGACAGCACCUCAAAGAUCGCUUCACCAAAUACUGCCGCGGAGAGUGGCUGCCCACCACCAGCGUCAACUAGCACACUAACUCACCUCUUUUUCUAGAAAACACUCAUGAUCACUGCUGCAUUGUCGCUUUCUUCAGGCAAGAAUUUGGGAAAAUGAAAUGGGUGACACGAUGAGUUUCAGCGCUGUAUUUGAUGUUCAUGUUUGUUGGGUAAAUUUACACUUCGUAUUCGUAUCUAUAUAUACACACACACACACUUACACACACGUCUUCCCCUUCAGCCGUUUCCUCUCACUCUCUCAACCAAUCACAGCUGGCUUUGUUUUCCUUUCUCUGUUGAAGCGUGGAUUUAGAGAGCAGGUCGUUGUUAAAAUGAUAAUCAAGCUUGCAGGCCUUGACUGUAGGGUUAGAUGUCGGUAGUCUUAAUGUAUUGUUUGUAAAGCAUUUCUUUUUGUUUUGUUUCCCCCUCCCAAACUGUUUCUCUGACUGUGACAAUUUUAGUGGCGAGAAUCGUACCAAUAAAUGUGUACAGAAAUGAAAUCUAAAAUGAAAGCAAAUUUUACAGGAAGAUGAAAAACCUCCAUUUAUAAAGGAAGAUGGGUUGUGAUGUUGAAAGCAAUGUGCGAAAUUUACUAAAUAAAGAAUAUUUAUUAAUAUGCA